AUGCAUGCAGUAGUGGGCGUGAUUGCUUCGCUGCAUACAGGUGCUUUUGUAAGAUACCUUGCUGGUGACCCGAAGCAGCAAUUUCGAAUAUUCACUCGCUGUCUCAACAAGGUAUUCUACUCCGUUGGAAAUCCAGAUGAACUAACUGUACUAGUGUGUCAAGCUGAUCGGAGCCUCUUAAAAAUGAAGGCUCAUUACUGA